UAGUAGUGUCACAACAGAGCCGGUAUCUCCGACUGAUACUGAAGCAACAACAGAGUCUGAUAUAACUGCUACUAGUUUCACGACAGGGCUGGUAUCUCAAACUGAUACUGAAGCUACAACAGAGUCUGAUAUAACAUCUACUAGUGUCACAACAGAGCCGGUAACUCCAACUGAUACUCAAGCAACAACUGAGUCUGAUAUAACUGCUACAAGCGUCACAACAGAGGCGGUAUCACCAAGUGAUACUGAAGCAACAACAGAAUCUGAUAUAACAGCUACUAGUGCCACAACUGAUACGAUAUCUCCAAGUGAUACUGAAGCUACAACAGAGUCUGAUGUAACAGCUACUAGUUUCACAACAGAGCCGGUAUCUCCGACUGAUACUAAAGCUACAACAGAGUCUGAUAUAACUGCUACUAGUGUCACAACAGAGCCGGAAUCUCCGACUGAUACUGAAGCAACAACAGAGUCUGAUAUAACAGCUACUAGUGUCGCAACAGAGCCGGUAACUCCAACUGACACUCAACCUACAACAGAGUCUGAUAUAACUGCUACUAGUGUCACAACAGAGCCGGAAUCUCCGACUGAUACUGAAGCAACAACAGAGUCUGAUAUAACAGCUACUAGUGUCGCAACAGAGCCGGUAACUCCAACUGAUACUGAAGCAACAACAGAGUCUGAUAUAACAGCUACUAGUGUCACAACUGAAACAAUAUCUCCAACUGAUACUGAAGCUAUAACAGAGUCUGAUAUAUCUGCUUCUGUUAUCACAACAGAGGCAGUAUCUCCGACUGAUACUGAAGCAAUAACAGAGUCUGAUAUAACUGCUACUAGUGUCACAACAGAGGCAGUAUCUCCAACUGAUACUGAAGCUACAACAGAGUCUGAUAUAACAGCUACUAGCGUCACAACAGAGCCUUUAUCUCAAACUGAUACUGAAGCUACAAAAGAGUCUGAUAUAACUGCUUCUAGUGUCACAACAGAGCUGGUAUCACCAACUGAUACUGAAGCAACAACAGAGUUUAAUAUAACAGUUACUAGCGUCACAACAGAGGCGGUAUCACCAACUGAUACUGAAGCAACAACAGAGUCUGAUAUAACAGUUACUAGUGUCACAACAGAGGCGGUAUCACCAACUGAUACUGAAGCUACAACAGAGUCUGAUAUAACUGCUUCUAUUGUCACAACAGAGCCGGUAUCUCCGACUGAUACUGAAGCAACAACAGAGUCUUAUAUAACUGCUACUAGUGUCACAACAGAGCCGAUAUAUCCGACUGAUACUGAAGCUACAACAGAGUCUGAUAUAACUUCUACUAGUGUCACAACAGUCGCCGUAUCAUCAACUGAUACUGAAGCUACAACAGAGC